AUGAUAGAGCAUUUUCAGGGAGAUGAAGUAAUAUACCAUAGCUUUGACAGUGCGGAGGACGACCCAUAUGGCUACUACGCUCAGGAGUUUCUGAAUGGAUUGACUCCUAACGGUCUUCCUCCGCAUGCACUCAAGCUAAAGCUGAACUGCCCUGUCAUACUUCUAAGGAACAUUGAUCCAGCAAAUGGAUUGUGUAACGGCACUAGGCUUGUUGUUAGAGGUUUUGAGAGGAACACCAUUGAUGCAGAAAUCGUGAUUGGACAACACGCUGGCAGGAGGGUCUUCCUUCCUCGAAUACCUCUCUGCCCAUCUGAAAACGACAUGUUUCCGUUCAAGUUUAAGAGGAAGCAAUUUCCUAUAAGGCUUAGCUUUGCUAUGACCAUUAACAAGGCUCAAGGGCAGACAAUCCCGAUUGUUGGUGUCUACCUACCCAAUCCCGUGUUCUCUCAUGGUCAACUCUAUGUUGCUUUGUCUCGAGCCACCGCAAAGAGAAACAUAAAGAUACUCAUUCAGAAGGAGAAGCCGAAGGAGAAGUCCAACAAGCAAAAGGACAAUCCAAAGAAGCGAAAAAGACCGACCGUGUCAUUACUAACCUCGAUGAAGAACAUCGUCUAUAAGGAAGUCCUUACAGGCUGA